AUUAGUAAUAAUAUAAAAAAUGAAGCUAACAAAUAACAAUAAUUAUAAGCUAAUAUAAGUAAUAUAAUAGCAGUAGGUAUAAUGAUUUAUCUUUAAUGAUUUUUGGAUAGUGCAGAUAUCAGUACGUCAGAUAUGUUAACCUAAUUUAUUAUUAGUCAAAUAUUACGGCAGUAAUAAGGAUAUGAAAUAACAGUAUUUUAUAAGAGACAUAAGAGAACCAACAAAAUGUCUUCUAGUCAACAUUUGUAACUAAUUUAUUGUGAAUGUUAUUUUGUAAAUUAUAUGUGUAAAAGAAAGAAGCAAUUAUGAAUAGUCAAAAUUUUGCCAUAGCAGAAAAUCUGAUACCAUCAUCAUACAUUCAACAAUCUGUUAAUGCACUAAGAAACAGAGAAAAUCUAGCCAAAACUCUUAUGGAACAACGUAAAUGGCCAGAUAAUGGAUGGGACGAUGCAUCAAUUGAAUUGUUUCUUUCAAACUUAGCACUCAUGGACAGUAAUAAUUUUAGAGAGCAUGCAGGUGUUGGAGAGCGUGAAGGACGCGUCGUUUCUAAUCUAGUUGCGAAACGUCAUUAUCAUAUGACACAUGGUAUUGGUAGGUCAGAAAAUAUUGCCGAAGUUCAACCAAACGCUACUGGAUCUAGCUUGAUGAUUAAACUUGUUAAUGCUAUGCUUUUAGAGUCCAUCCGAUUUAUGGGCGUUUCCAGUGCAACUGGUUGUUUUAUGGUUCCGAUAGCGACUGGAAUGAGUUUAAUGUUAUGUUUGUUGACAUUAAAGCAAGAUAGGCCUGGAGCAAAGUUUGUGUUGUGGUCUAGGAUAGAUCAAAAAUCAUGUUUCAAGUGCAUAAUUAGUGCGGGUUUGCAACCCAUAAUUAUUGAUCCAGUACAAUGUGGCGAUGAACUGCACACUGACGUACAAGCAAUAGAGGCACAGCUUUUGACUAUCGGAUCUGAUAAUAUUGUGUGUAUAAUGAGUACUACCAGUUGUUUCGCUCCAAGAGCAUCAGACUCGCUCGAAAAAAUUGCUACUUUAUGUCAAAAAUAUAACGUUCCACACUUGAUCAAUAAUGCAUAUGGUUUACAAUCUACUCGAAUCAUGCACUCAAUUCAAGAUGCAUCCAAAAAAGGACGAGUUGACGUUUUUGUUCAAAGUACUGACAAAAAUUUUUUAGUACCUGUAGGAGGAGCAAUUAUUGCAGGAUUUGACAAAAAUGUUUUAGAAAAAAUAACCAAAAAUUAUCCAGGAAGAGCAUCUUGUAGUCCCGUGAUGGAUAUUUUUAUAACAUUGCUGUCUUUAGGCACUAAUGGUUAUAAAGAAUUAAUAUCUCAGCGUAAAGAAGUACACCAACAUUUAAGAAACGAACUCGGGAAAAUUGCUGCUAAAUAUGGUGAAAGAUUAUUGGAUAUUCAGAAUAACCCCAUUUCCAUAGCGAUGACGUUAAAAUCUUUAAGUGUUUCAAAUGGAGCUGAAUCGGACACAAAGAAAUUAAGCCAGUUAAGUUCUAUGAUGUACAUGCGCCAUGUUACAGGAUGCAGAGUCGUUUCUUCAGUAGAAGUAAAAGACGUUUGUGGAUACAAAUUUGAUGGUUGGGGCGCACAUAAAAUAAAUUAUCCCUGCCCAUAUAUCACUGCAGGUGCAUCAAUAGGAAUUACAAAAUCUGACAUUGACUUUUUUGUACAAAAGUUAGAUAAAGUAAUUUCCAGAUUAAAAAAAACACCAAUUUCUAAUAUAGAAACUCCAUCGUCUUCUGAAGGAAACGAUUCUACUUCGAUACGGCGAAAGGCCACAAUUGCAUCUAGUUACCGUAGUGCUGUGAAUGGAGUCAAUUCGAUAGAAGACGGUAGCUCGUCCACAUCUCGCACGUCUAGUGUUGACAAUUUACGUAAAUAACACUGAAGUUUUUGUUAAGACACCAUUUUAAUUUAACUAUAUAAGUUUGUAAAGUAAGUUAAUAAAUUUAUUUCUAGUCAAUUUUUGCUUGUAGGGCAUAAAAAAAAGAUCUCGAGUAGGUAAUUUGUAUUAUUUUCAUUAUUGAACUGUUUAUAGACUGUUAACUUAUUAAUAUCCAACUAUAAUAAUACAAUUUCUCCUCGAACUUUGGUAAAACGUAUUAUAAUUUUGUUUUUAUACUUUAAGACUAUUAAUGAAAAACCGUGAUUAAAAAUUAAAGUUGUGAAGUUUUUUUCGCUAAAGCCUAACCAGACAUUUUUACUAAUGAGAACCUAGUUUACAAAGC